AAGCGCUCACGCGCACGCUCACGCACCCCCACUUUCCCACGAGCGCCACAUUUCUUGCCACUCCUCCUUCUUCAUCAAAUCCCUCCCUGCAAUCUCUCUCUCUCUCUCUCUCUAUCUAUAACUUACAGUGAAGGAAAGUCUGUGUACAGUUCGGCCAUGGAAGCUUCUUUGCUUCAUUGAAGUCCCUUUCUUUUCUUUUCUCUUUCUGUGGUUUCUUGCCUUUCCUUUCACACCCAUCAAGGACUGGGAACCCCAGUGUGUGUUUAUAACUGACCCACCAAGCAAAGAAGCGAGGCAAGAGUAACUGAGCCACCCAGAGAGAAAAAGAAGACAUGGUCCAACGCCAUUCGUGAUUUUGCCACCACUCAGGGACAGGGUGAGGGAGGGAGGGAGAGAGUGAGGGGGAGAGGGGAGUCGCACGCCUCGCCUGCCAUCAUGAACGUGCCGGGCUCCGAGCUCUGCCACAAGUUCAAGCGCCUGAGGCUCUUCGAGCCGUCGGUGGGAGUGCUGGGCUUCGUCCUCGUCGCCUUCUGCGUGGUCUGCGGCUUCUUUUACCUGGAUUACAGGAGAGGGUACGGUAAGUUCUCCGGGAGAUCAGAGAGGUUCGUGUGGUUGCAGUUGCACGGCGAUAACGACGAUCGGGGAGUCAAAAAGUUCGACUUUUUGGAGAGGAAUGGCGAUGGUGGGUGCGAUUUGUUCGAAGGGGAUUGGGUUUGGGAUGAUAGCUAUCCGUUGUACGAGUCCAGAGACUGCAGGUUUCUGGACCAGGGCUUCAGGUGCUCUGAGAAUGGACGGCCCGAUUCGUUCUACACCAAGUGGAGAUGGCAACCCAGAAAGUGCAAUUUGCCCAGAUUUGAUGCGAAAUUGAUGCUGGAGAAACUGCGGAACAAGCGGCUCGUUUUUGUGGGGGAUUCUAUCGGGAGAAACCAAUGGGAGUCUCUCAUGUGCAUGCUCUCCUCUGCAGUUUCUGAUCAGGACUCGAUCCAUGAAGUGAAUGGUAGUCCGAUCACAAAGCACAAAGGGUACUUGGUUUACAAAUUUAAGGAGUUCAACUGUACUCUGGAGUACUACAGAGCUCCGUUUCUCGUGCUGCAAAGCCGGCCUCCGCCAGGAUCGCCUGAUAAGAUCAAAACGACCCUGAAAUUAGAUCGGAUGGACUGGACCUGUUCCAAGUGGAGAGAUGCAGAUGUGCUGGUCUUUAACACUGGGCACUGGUGGAACUUCGAGAAAACCAUAAGAGGUGGUUGUUAUUUCCAAGAACGGUCGGAGGUGAAGCUGGAAAUGGCAAUAGAAGAUGCGCAUAAGCGAGCCAUAGAGACUGUCCUGCAGUGGAUCCGCAAUGAGGUCAAUACAAACAAGACACAGGUCGUUUUUCGCACAUUCGCACCGGUGCAUUUCAGAGGGGGGAACUGGAGGAACGGAGGAAGCUGUCACUUGGAGACCCUGCCGGAGUUGGGCCCCUCAUCAGCCACACCGGAAACAUGGUCUCAAUUCAAGGUUGUCUCUGACGUAUUAUCAGCUCACUCAAGUGCACCGAUGGCAACCAAUUUCGAUGUGCUGAACAUAACUCACAUGACUUCUCGGAGGAAAGACGGCCAUGCUUCUCUUUAUUAUCUGGGCUCUGAUACUGGUCCUGCACCUGUUCAUAGACAGGACUGUAGCCAUUGGUGUCUGCCCGGAAUCCCGGAUUCGUGGAACGUGCUACUUUACACACUAUUUCUUAAACAUGAGGCUAAUAAGGAUCGAUUAUCGAUGAAGUGAUGCGGCAAUUUAUGCACAGAACUUGACUUCAGUCAACCACAGGAUCACUGCAAUAUAUAACUGAUGAAGUCGCAGUGUCUGGUGAAGGAGAUCAAUAUAAGGGAUCGACAGACAGAAGUUGCAUAUCAAGUCAAGAGCAAACCGGAUAUUCUCUGUACAUGUUGCACAUACUGAAUGAUUGGCCAGCUGAAUUGUGAAGACACUUCGGGACAUUUGAGGAAUAACCGAGUGUCUAGUUGUAGAGAAGCAUUAUAGUGAUUGGCCAGAUUCGCCAUUGGAUUAGGCGGAAUUGAUCUUUUUUCCUGCAGAAUUUGUAAAUCAGCAAAGCGGUUUUGGUUUAUCCCGGUUUUGGCUUUACAGAAACCGAACCUUUUCAGUUCCGUUGUUGCUGGUGAAGACAAAUACACAUACCUGGGACGAGCAUUUUACUCUUCUUUCUUGAAGUCAAUGCGUAUACUGUACAUACUAAUCAGUCGCUGAUAGCAUGUUGAUAAAGUGUAACAAGAGUGGAAGACCGCUUACUGGGAUUCAUCUUCA